AUGUCAGCAGCGAAAAGAGUCAAGAUGUCAGGUCCUCUCAUCGGAACCCACAACGGUCACUUCCACGCCGAUGAGGCGCUCGCCGUCUACCUUUUGCGCCUUCUUCCCACCUACUCUGACAGCACCCUCGUCCGUACCCGCGAUCCCGAAAAGCUCGCUCCCUGCCACACCGUCGUCGACGUUGGCGGUGUCUACGAUGACGAGACCAAGCGCUACGAUCACCACCAGCGCGAAUUCACCACCACCUUCCCCAACCACUCCACCAAGCUCUCGUCUGCCGGUCUCGUCUACAUGCACUACGGCAAGGAUAUCAUCUGCGCCUGCACCGGUCUUGACAAAGAGUCAGCCGAUGCCGAAUUGCUCUACCAGAAGUUGUACGAUGACUUUAUCGAAGCCUUCGAUGCCAACGACAACGGUGUCUCUGCCUACGACCCUACCGCUCUCCGCAAGGCUGGCAUCGAGAAGAAGUUCUCCGACCGUGGCUUCAGCAUCGCCUCCGUCGUCAACCGUCUCAACUACUCGCACCCCGCUCCCGUCGCUGUAGCCAAGCACUCCCUCAGCACUGAGGGCGUCAGCACCGAAGGCGCACAGGCCGAGGAGGACGAGCGCUUCCUCAAGGCGUCCCAGUUCUGCGGCGACCAAUUCAUCUCUGAGUUGAUGGACAAGUUCCACUCAUGGUUGCCCGCCCGCGCCGUCGUCAAGCAGGCCUUUGGUGACCGCUUCAAGUACGACGACAAGGGCCGCAUCAUGGUCGUUCCCCACCGUCCCGAGGGCUGCCCCUGGGCCGACCACCUCUACGCUCUCGAGAAGGAGACUUCCACCGAGGGCUCCGUCCUUUACGUCCUGUUCGCUGAGAACGGCGAGCCUGACAGCAAGUGGCGUAUCCGCUCCGUCAGCCGCGAGUCUGGCAGCUUCGAGAACCGCAAGGACAUGCCUGAUGCCUGGAAGGGUGUUAGAGACGAGGAGCUGAGCAAGGUCUCUGGCGUUCCCGGCUGUGUCUUCGUGCACGCCUCUGGUUUCAUUGGUGGCAACAAGACCUUCGAGGGUGUUCUCGAGAUGGCCAAGAAGUCUGCCGACGCAUAA